AUGCAUCCAACUCGUCCACCGAUUGCGCCCAAACCGCGACUUCUCAGCGUGGCACACAAUCGGGACUUGCGUGACAGUGGCAUUUCCGUUUCGGACGACCCAACUGCAUCGACCGAUUCGCUCCGGCCACCGACGUUUAACACCUCCGGCACGGCCUCCACACCGGGAACACCGAGUGCUGUGCGUCAAUUAGCGAGUCAGUUCGAAACGAUCGCACUGCGUCGCGUCAGUCCCAGACCGCACCGAACGACCGGUGAUGAAGGGAAAACACCACCAGUGCCACGCAAACCCUCCACUACACCGCUGAUGCAGAUGCUCCAGACGAAUGUCGAGAGGAGUUUGGCCAUUGCUCCAAAACCGCACUACCUUCCGAUUCUGCCUUUGCCACACGAUCGAACGCAGCUAUCGCGCAGUGCGAGCAGUAUCGCAGAAAGGAUAUAUGAUACCGUUUACGAGAGAAAACAUUCGGAACAUCACAAACAAGACCCUGUUGAGGCAGUCUACGAAGAGUUAGAUGAUCCAACCUUAACCGAUGGCUAUUCUUCGUUUGAGUCAUCCACCGACGAUGAAGAUGAAACUAAUGAAGGAAAACCCGAUAGAAAAAACUACUACUACUACUCGAUUACUCCGGACGUUGAAGUACCAGACCACGAUACAAGUAACCCCGUAGAUCACAUCAGAAAAGUGAUCACCGAGCUGAUCGAGAAGGAACAGAAGUAUAUUGAAACGCUUGAUCAGGGUAUUCGUAAUUACGUACCAGCAAUGUAUGCCCAAACACUACCGGCUGCUCUGCGUGGCCAGAGAAACAUUAUUUUCAUCAACCUGGAGGAAAUACUACGCACCCAUCGGGACCAACUGCUGCCCGAUCUGGAGCAUGCUGCAAAUCUGUCAUCCACGUCGGAAGCCGACAGUGGCCGAAUGGCGGAAAAGAUUGCAGAAGUGUUUCUGAGCUACAUCGAGAACGAUCGGUUCUACUGCUACGUACAGUUCGCGAUGCAUCAAGCUGACUCGGAAUCGUUACGAUUACGGUACAACGAUUACUUCCUCAAGAUUCAGCACGAUAUUGACGAUAGGCUGGGACUGAACAGUUUGCUGCUACAACCGAUACAGAGAUUGCCGCGCUACAAGCUGCUGCUGAACGAGAUGGUGAAGGACUUACUGAAGGAUGGCAACAAAACGGGCACGAUGAGCCGAAGGACGGCCAUACUGUGUAAGGUUGACAAGCGGCUUAGCAUACUGAUCGAACGCGUCAAUCAAGCCAUCAAUGUACAUGACAUCCGUCAGUGUAGCGGUAGUCAGGGGACGACAAACUCAAGCUUGAAGCAUGGAUCGGACAUACCGCUGACACUGGUACUACAACCAGAAGGCAAUCGGAACCCGGCUCGUGAUUCUCCUAUAAAUCUCCUCUACCAGGGUAAGUUCCAGCGUCUGUUCCUAGUCGACAUCUACGAUACGAACGUUCGCCGGAAGUAUAGUGGAAAGCUGUUUGCAUUCGAAAAACUGCUGCUCUACGUUGAAAUACAGCGCGAUCGGUUGGAGUAUCGGGGUCACUUCAGCAACAGUGAGGUGUGCUAUCUUGAGGAAGGAAACCGUCUUAUCCUUUACACUGGUCCACGUGGUACGCACGAAAUCAUCGUACAAUCAGACACCAACACGGAACUACAACCACUGGUAGCGGUCGUACACACGAUGACAAGGGCUGUGAUAUAUGAUGCGGUAGAAAUUGACGAGCGUACAUCGCCGAAUGUUCUGCAGGAAGGGGAAGAAGAUGAACAGGAUCUCCCAACAUCCAACGAUGCGGGCCACAGUUGGGAUGAGCAGAAGCUAACGGCGUCCUUGAUCGAGGCCCAACGACGAUUUCUGGAGGUGUUGAAAGCGAAAGGACGUUACUAUCUGGACACACUCAGCUCGGAGGGGAAGGCGAAGUUAACACAUUUCAUCAGCGCUUUCGAAGCUAUUGUGGCCCUUCAUCAAGGGAUCUUGCAGGACAUUACCGAACCUCACACGGAUCCAGAUAAGAUUUGUCAAUGUUUUGACCGUUACUUAAAGACUGACGUUUUCGAUCCGUACUUCGUUUACCUUCGUGAGUUCCGGAAGGCUACAAAAUGGAUCAAGCACAGCCAAACUCCUUCGAACUGCAACAGUCGCAAGGUCAACCAGUUUACGUUCCUUUGCAUCGAACACAUGCAGGAGUACAGCCGCUACUUUAACGUACUCAUUGUCAAAUACUCGGAAAACAGUACGCUCAACAUCCCGAUUGAUAAGGAACUGUUCCAGCGGUUAGCGUACGUGCUGGUACAUCUAAACGCUUUCCGGAAUAAUCUAGCCAUCAACUAUGAGCUUUUCGUGAUCGAUGAACAGGCAGCUGCCUGUGGAUUAGUGUGCCACAACGAACGUGUCGCGAUUAUCAAUCCACCACACGCUGCCGAUGCCGGUCCGUGUCGUUUGUUCGUAUGCGAAAAGGCGGCCAUCUGCGUUAAGGUGCAGGAUGUUAAUGAGCAUGAACAGCAAGUGGAACGAUUCGUGAAGGUUCUAUUCCUUGACCGCUUUCAAGGCCGUGGAGCGCCAAUGCGUAUGCGCAAAAGCAAACGUCAACUGCAGCGACUGAAUUUCCUGAUCGAUGAGUUUAAGUUUCGGAUAGACUUCGGUAGCACGCAGGCCCAGAACACGUUCUACAGCAACUACGUGAACCAGUACACCAUGUAAUAACGUCGUCUACACCAAAUUAAAGCUGUGCAUACUUUGAAAAGCCAUCUACCAAAUAUAAUUUCUAAAGAUCUCACAAACACACGAACGCAGUUCAGCAUUCAGCUCUUAAAUCUCGAUCGCUCCCUUUGUUGGGGCUAUUGCUCGAUGACACAGCGGACACGUCUUGCGCGUACUGAUCUCUAGCGGGCUCGCCAGAUGGUAGCACCCGGUACACUGCCAUGCUCCGGUAGGGUUCGUCAGCGGCUGCCCAGAUGCUACACAUGGUGGAAACCGACUACCGCAGCUCGGACAGAGCGUACUGCAAUCGGCGACCGGUGUCUCACAGGUAAAACAACUGAUGUGUUUCAUCUUUCCAUCCUGUGGCUCGUACCGGGAGAAAAUCUCAAUCGCCAGCUCCUCGUACUGCUGGCGCCGAGCUUCCGAGAUCGUCUCAAUCGAUUCCAGCUUGAUGAAGGCCUUCGAGCACGUACCGAACGAUCGAUCAGCACAGCUAGCUAGGGCGAGCAGUGCGUACAGUGACUCCACCUCCAACACAUCCUCGUAGUCGCGUAGCCGAAGCGCUGUUACGACGGCACUAUGCAACAAGCCAGUCCUGAGCUGACGCUGUGCCAACAGCAUAUAGUGAUAGGCCUCCGCGUUAUGCCAGAUUUGCUCGAUCAGUACCGCAUCUUCGGGACUCAGCUGGGACAAGACUAUCGCUCUACUGCCUGCCGCUUGUACAGUGAGCUGUUUUUCUACGUGCUCUUCUGCCAGCAACCCAGAGAGUACAUACAGCUGCUUUAUCCGCACGUAGUCCGAUCGUUUCUCCGCUUCCGCUUCGGCCAUCUUCACGAGGAGACGGGCUGCGUCCAGAUAUCUUCCCGCUUUGCGCUGCAAUUCGAUCGCUUCCGGCAGUUUGCCCUCCUGGAGCAGUUGUGCCGCAUGCUUGCUCAACAGCGUGUUGAUCUGUGGCAUACGGUACUUCUGUGCCAGUUCCACCGCGAGACCCCACUGCCGCAGGCUAAUGCACGUUGAAACGGCCGACUUGACGUCACCAAGCUUCAGAUAGGCUGCUACCGACUGCUCGCACAUCCCAACCGUGGCCAGCUGCUGUCCGAGCUUUGCCAGCUGUGGACUCUUCUCCGGCAGUCGAUGCAUACACCCAACGAGCUCAUCGUACUGCUCCAACGCGUACAGCGCAUCCAUCAGCCCUUCCGUGUGAUGCGCCUUCUCGUAGUACUCUUUCGCGCUGUCCCACGCACGCAUGCUCAUGUAGUGGUGUCCGAUCUCACGCCACGCGUUCUCCAUCUGCUGGUCGGAGAUUCCCGGCCCGAGCCGGUACAGCUGCACCGUGCGAAACCAAUCGCACAGUGUUUGCCGCAGUCGGAUCGCACAGUCGCGCCUAUCGACGUCCAUGUACAGUUUCUCCGCUUCAUCGAACUCCCCAAAGAAUGCACAGAUCUCCGCCCGUUGCAAUGCCUCCAGCUGGAUCGUCUUCAGUCGCUUGAUCAGCUGUAUGCCCGGAUAGUUGCUGCACCGUACGAACGCUGCUUCGGCCGUUUCGAGAUCAAGCUUUUUCAGUGAUGCUUCCGCCAGAAGGCGCCACAACCGUGGGUGUGCGUUAUCCUCAAUGAAUUGCUUCGCUUCUGCAAU